AUGUUUUUAAAGACGCUAGCUUUUGGUUGUUACAAAGCAAUCAUCUUUUUAUCCAGACAUGUCUCCUGGUCGGAAAAAGGAUUAGUUCCAGAUAUACUUGAGAAACCACCUCCAAAUGUAUUAAAAGUGAAGUAUCCUAGGGCGACAGUUAAAGAUGGAGCGAUUAUUCCAGCGAGAUACACAAAAUUAGCUCCAAAAGUGAUUUGGGAUGUUGACAAAAAAGGAACUCAUUACAGCUUGGUUAUGACAGAUAUAGACGCUCCCAGUCGACAAAAACCGUUCCUACGAGAAUGGCAUCACUGGUUAGUGGUUAAUAUUCCAGAUAAUCACUUUGAAAAAGGAGAUACUUUAACUGAAUAUAUUGGAGCUGGUCCUCCGAAAGGCACGGGAUUACAUCGAUUCGUAUUUUUAUUAUUGAAGCAACCGAAUAGUAUAAGCUUUCCUAGUUACAGAAUAAGCAAAACGCAUUAUAAAGGAAGACCAAAAUUUCAAACACAAACGUUUAUAAAAAAACACAAUAUGGAAAUAUACGCUGGUACUUUUUUUGAAGCGGAGUAUGAUGAAUUUGUAGAUGAGGUUCAUAAACAAAUACGUUUAGCAGAAUAUCUGGAUCUGACGAAGUCUCAAACAUUUUAG